AUGUCAAAGUUGGGAUUCAGUUACUGUCAAUCUUUAUUACUAUCCAACCUAUAUUUUUGGGAUAACACCUAUAACACCUUUCAUCUUCCUUGUGGAAUGAUGACUCCCACACUUUUCGAAGUAGCUGCCAUUGCUGGACUUCCUCCGACAGGAGAGACCUUCGACCCCUACCAAGACUGUGAAAACUUGAUUGACUUCAACGUUAAGAACGCUUCAUUUAGUACUCACAUUAAUCUAUAUCAUGCUGAUGAGGAAGAAGUUUCUGAUAUAGAACAUAUAGCGUUCUUAGGUCUAUGGUUGUCCAAGUUCUUCUUUUGCUGCAAAUCUCUACAAGUUGCUAAGAGAUUUUUAACGCUCGCUAACCAAUUGCAUGCUGGUCGAAGAGUGGGGUUGAGUGAACUCUUAUUGGCUAGUUUGUACGAAAAUCUAGGAUCAACUAGUGCUAAGCUAAAGGAAUACGAAGCUGGCACCAAUCUAUUACUAUCUGGGCCUUAUUGGCUUCUUCAAUUGUGGCUUAAUGCCACUUUCGAAUCCUUUUUGCCAACACGAGGAAACAUCGAAGAAAAUGCCCCAGAGAUAAUAAAUCGAAGCAUUGAGGGCACCAGACUCCUUCGACUGACUCCAGCUGAUGAUGUUGAUAACGUACAAACUUCCCUCACCAAAUACACCUUGAUGUUCUCGAAGCGUCAUCAUUUCCUUCCUUCGAUGGCUCCUUUUGCCAGUCGAACCCAUGGUCCUUCCUGGUUUACUGCCUCGCUCAAAGACGCUAUGAAAAAUGCCAACACAGAGAUCGAAGACAUAUGGCGUGCCUUUCUCCUCCCAAGGCUACUUGUUUCUAGGAUUCUGCCAGUAAAGAGUCAUGUGUGUCUGUUGGCUUAUCAGCCUAAUUUUGUCUCUCGACAAUUUGGGUUGUGUCAACUUAUCCCUUUCUCUUUAUUCAAGCGAAAGUGUGAGAUCUGCUGUGCAGGGACUGAAUGGAGCGCCCGAGACAUUGCCGUUCAUAAAGAAUUCCAUUCCAAUUGUGCCGAAUUCCAAUUAAUAGCCUUCCAACCGUCGUUCUAUUCCACCAAUGGUUUCGCCACUUGGUGGACAGAUUUCUAUUCCAAGAAUAUGUUUUCUACUGCUGAAAUCAAAGAACAUCUAACGAAGGCUUUUUCAUCUUUGAAGGAAAAUGUCCCCAAGGGUAAGCUUACUCAUUCUGCAGAAAUCCAAGCAUUCCAAAAGUACUUUGAAACUGUCUAUGACCCAACGAACAUUGUUGGAACCGUUUGUUAUGCAGCUCCAAUUUUAAAAGAAAAAUUUGAAAAGCAGAUUGCCAAAAGAAAAUCUCUCAAAGCUUCUUUUAAACAUUUGCAUGUUUCGACUAACUCACAUUCUUCUUUAGCUAUCAAAAGAAAGGUGGCGAAGAAAGAAAAACCUGUGGCAAAGGCUAGUUCGACUACUGCUUCCAGGCCAACUACCUCUUCAAGCCAGGGAGUGCCUUCUAGUGCUGCUCUAGAAAAAACGAAGAAAAGUUCAAAGGGUAGUGGCAAGCCUCCCUUGACACCCAAGAAAAGAAAAACCUCUCCUGCCAAUAUAAUUCUUGUCGAAGAUGAUGAAGAGGAUACUCCUCCCACUCCACUCAAGAAAAAACAGAAGAAAAAUAAGGACAAAGCCACCACUCCCCUCAUUUCUACUGCCAAUCAAAGUGAUCCUUCAAGCGGCAUGAAUCCAUCUCCUCCUCUGAUAGUCAGCGGUGCUAUCCAAAACAAAGGCUCUUCGACUGGAGCUCAAAAUCUUGAAGAAGACAACGCUCAAAACAAAGAAGAAACCUCUUCUCCUGGUGAAGGUGGUAAACGAGAUUCGAAGCACGUUGACGAGAAGGACUCAACAGGGAAAGAAAACUCUGAGGAUACUCCUAGUAAUUCUCUUGCCAGAGUUGCGUUCCCUUCAAAUGAUGUUGAUGAGGACGAUCAGGAUUCAGAUGAAAUUGAGGGGUAUUUUUUAGAAGAUGAAGACAUGAAUAUGGGAGAAGCUGAUACUGAGGGAAAUCAAACUGGAACUAGUAAUGCCAGCGUCGACACGGUCCCAAAUCCAACUAAAAUUAACAUGCUAGAUGUAGUUUUUGAGAUGAUUGAUUGUAGAAAAAGAUAUUGUGAUUUUUAG